AUAGAUUGCAAUGCAAAGUGGAAGAAUGAGUAAUGCAAAUGAAAUGAGAUUAAAAAUUUUAAAAUUUUGCAGGCAUGAUUGAAUUAGGGAAUGGUGUGGGCAGAUAAAAUCUGAAAAGCUUUCCAUAAAUUUUUGAUCACACCAAAUUUAAUGCAAACAUCUAGUCGGUUUUUGGUGUCUCGGCUCUACCAUUCGCAGUCUGUUCUAAAACCUUACUACUGCUGUUCUUCGUCAAUUUCAUACAUUUUUGUGCAGCAUCCCCACACCACAGCUCUCUAUAGCUUCUUGCUGAACCCCACUUUGGCAAAUCAGGCCGAGUCUCGUGGGUUUGUGACUCGCUGCCAUUCUUCUUCCUAUUAUUAUCACAAUCAUCACCGCUACUUAGCUCGUCGAAGUUUUUUCAGGAGGGCUAAACAAGUCAAGAACAUUGAAAUUCAUGAUCAGCACAGUCAAAGAGCAGUCACAACUGCAUUGUGGUGCAACUUUCUCGUCUUCUCUCUUAAAUUCGGGGUCUGGUGGACAACCUCUAGUCAUGUCAUGCUCGCUGAAGUCGUGCAUUCCGUUGCUGAUUUUGCUAACCAGGCGCUCCUAGCUUAUGGGUUGAGUAGCUCAAGGCGCGCUCCAGAUGCUCUUCAUCCGUACGGCUAUUCCAAGGAGAGGUUUGUUUGGUCACUGAUAUCUGCUGUUGGUAUCUUUUGUCUUGGUUGUGGAGCUACAAUUGUUCAUGGAGUUCAGAAUUUGUGGACUGCACACCCCCCUGGAAACAUCCAAUAUGCAGCUCUGGUUAUUGGUGGUUCAUUUGUAAUUGAAGGUGCUUCUCUUCUUGUUGCCAUACAAGCUGUGAAGAAAGGUGCUGCUGCAGAGGGAAUGACAGUGAGGGACUAUGUUUGGCGUGGUCAUGAUCCCACAUCUGUUGCGGUCAUGACUGAGGAUGGUGCUGCAGUAACUGGUCUUGCUAUAGCUGCUGCAUCUUUGGUUGCAGUGAAUGUCACAGGAAAUGCAAUUUAUGAUCCUAUAGGCUCAAUCAUCGUUGGUAACCUGCUUGGUAUGGUGGCUAUAUUUCUUAUCCAGAGGAAUCGGCAUGCUUUGAUUGGUAGAGCAAUGGAUGACAAUGAUAUGGAGAAGGUUCUGCAAUUUUUAAAAAAUGACCCGGUUGUAGAUGCUUUAUAUGAUUGCAAAAGUGAGGUUAUUGGACCUGGGUUCUUUAGAUUUAAAGCAGAAAUUGAUUUUAAUGGAGUCGUGGUUGUGCAGAAUUAUCUAAACAGAACCGGACGUGAAGAAUGGGCCAGACAGUUUCGAGCAGCUGCGAAGGAGAAAGAUGAUGAUACCGCGUUGCUGAAUCUGAUGUCAAAUUACGGUGAGGACGUAGUUACUGCUUUAGGAAGUGAGGUUGACAGGCUUGAGCAGGAGAUACAGGAGCUUGUUCCUGGUAUUCGCCAUGUCGAUAUAGAAGCUCAUAAUCCAAUCCCAUGAUCACAUUCUACUCUACACAGAUCUUUUAAGCUUUCCUCAAUUUGUAUCUUUUGGAAUUUCCCCCCUACUUUAUCGUUUCAUGAUCUUUUUAGGCUCUCUUUUACAUAAUUAUUAUUUUGAUUUUAAUUUUAAUUUUUAUAAUUAAUGAAAUAGUCACUCAAGUCUUCUUUCUUA